AUGUGCGCGACGGACGACGUCGAGGCCAACUUCCGGACGUGCGAGAAGCUCGCGACGCUCGCGAGCGACGCGGGAUGCGCCAUGUUAUUCCUCCCCGAGUGCUUCGCGUUCAUCGGACGCAAGGGCGAGGACGCGCUGGCGAUCAUGGAACCCCUGGACGGGCCGCUCAUGACGCGGUACAGAGAUCUCGCCAGGGCAAAAAACAUCUGGCUCUCCUUGGGCGGGUUCCCGGAGCUCGGCCCGGACGCGGGACAUCGGUUGAACGCGCACGUGCUCGUGGACGCGGACGGCGAGAUACGCGCGAGCUACCGAAAGAUCCAUCUCUUCGACGUGGACGUCCCGAACGGCCCGCUGCUCAUGGAAUCGAAGACCGCGUCGCCCGGCUCGGAGAUCGUCGCCGCGGACUCCCCGAUCGGCCGUCUCGGGAUGAUGAUAUGCUACGAUCUUCGUUUCCCGGAGCUGUUCAGCGCGUUGCGGUACGAGUGCGGCGCGCGCGUGAUGCUCGUGCCGUCCGCGUUUACGCGUCCCACCGGCGCGGCGCACUGGGAGGUGCUCUUGCGCGCGAGGGCGAUCGAGACGCAGUCGUACGUCAUCGCCGCCGCGCAGUGCGGCGUGCACAGCGAGGGGAGGGCGUCGUACGGGCACUCGAUCAUCGUAGAUCCGUGGGGGGAGGUGAUCGCGAAGUUGGACGACCCGGACGAGGGCGUCGGGAUCGCCGUGGCGAAGAUCGACCUGCGCGGGUUGGAGGAAACUCGCGCGAAGAUACCGAUCGAGACGCACCGUCGGGGGUUGGGCGACAGGACCGCGUUUCCCGUGACGAUCGCGGAGAUGUAG